AGGCAGCACAACUCAAUUGCGGUCGGUCACAUGCGUCGUCCCCUUCAAUACAAACACGGCUAACUUUUUUUUUAUAACCAAUCAGCGUUGGGAAAGUCAGUAGUGUAGCCUGAUUGGUUAAAAGGAGGCACGGAAGACAGAGCAGAAACACAUGGGUACCGGGCUGCUGGUCGUGGAUCUUAAAUAACGAUUUGAAACACAUUUUGGUAGUAUUUGAGGCGUUUAGUAAGUAAAGCAUGUAGCAGAAUUACAUAGACCUAGAAAAGUUACUUUUCUUUAUUCGUACUCACCAAAUAACUCGAGUAGUGCUCUUGCAUUUCGCUUGUUAUGCUAACUGAAAGGCUAAUGGUGACUGCACGCAACAUAGACUUUAUCAACAUUUUGCAGAGAUGGAGACAGCAGCCCUGGUAGCUCCAGUCACAGCUCUGGAGUUCCUUCAGGAUUCAUUUCUCCUGACAGGUGAAGGUCCAGUCUUGAUGGUGUACAGUCUCCAGCCUCGCCCCAAAGCCCGUGCUUCAGUGAGUGUGCUCCAACACUACAGAAUCCAUGGAAUAAGACCCAGAAGUCAGGCCACUGUCCCAGCACGGAGCUCUGCCACAGGAACCUACGGGGAGAAGAAACAUGGACUGAGCUCCACUGCAGAGCCCAACUUCUAUGACCUAGCAGUCUUUGGAGGCAAGGCUGUGAGGCUGGUGAGGCUCCAUGUGGAUCUCCAGGAAGAGGACCCUCUGCAUUUGGAGAUCUUGGGUCCCCUCACGGAGUUACAGGACUGGGCCCUGGAUGUGCGCUGGCUUUCUGGAGACAAAGACUCACUUCUCUGUGUGGCUGUGGCCCACAAUAGUGCUCUUCUACUGGAUGUCAAAACGGGAACUUCCCUGUUACAACGCUCCUGUCUGGAGGGCUGUCUGCUAUACUCUGCCCUCCUUCUGAUACAUGAAUCUUGGGCAGAUGCCGUCUUAGUAGGAGGGACUGUUUUCAAUCAGCUGGUUCUCUGGAAGCCUGGAGGAGUAGAAGGAAGUGGUUACGAAUGUAAAGCUCCAGUUGAGAGACGUCUGCUGGGGCACAGCGGGGUCAUCUUCAGCAUCUCAUACUUCCAGGAGAAAGGGUGGCUGGCUUCAGCCUCUGAUGACCGCAGUGUAAGGGUGUGGGGUGUUGGUGCUUUAGGGGGCCCUGGAGGCAAGUGUGGGGACUUGAACCCAGCCUGUUUAAGGGUCCUAUAUGGACACCAGGCUAGGGUUUUCUCAGUGCAUCUCUCCCCUGGGAAAGUGUUCAGUGCUGGGGAAGACGGGGCCUGUUUAGUCUGGGACUGGGCUGGAGGUGGGAAAGUGGUUCAGACGUUGAAGGGUCACCGUGCAGGGGGGGUGCGCGCGUUGGCAGUCAGUGAGGGAACAGGAGAUGAAGAGAGAUGGGUGGCUACAGGGGGUGCAGAUGGAGGGGUGAGGUUGUGGAGUUUGAGGAAGAGUGAGGAGAGGAAGGAGAACAUGGAGGAGGCAGUGACAGAGAAGCUAACUGACCUGAAAUUCCCUGGUCACAGCACGCCUAAAGUGGUUUGCGUAGCAGCAAAAGAGGGUGAAACUGCAAGCUGGAGCCAAAGUAAGUUUGUGGUUUGCACUGACCAAGGAAUAGUCUAUCAAUACUGCAGUGGGCAGUGGGAGAUUGUAUGGCAAGGGGCUCCUGAUUUUCAGUCCUACUGUGUGAUGGAAACAGUAUCCAUCACUGCGAAAGACUCAACAGCCAAGGUUCAUUUGUGUGCUUUGGGAAACCUCAGCGGGUCCAUUCAGGUCUUCCCCAUUGCUCAUCCUCAAUCUGGUAUUCUUCUCACAGGUGGAUCAGGGAAGAUCCACAGUGUUAUUUGGCAAGAGGGAAAAGAAGGUAUGUGUUUGCUAGUAUCAGGUGCUGAAGGACUCGUCUAUCGCUGGUGUAUAGAGGUAAAAUUAAAUGAAAACUAUUCCUUAGCUCUCAAAGUAAAUCCUCUUCCUCCUUUCCUCCUUCCCCCCUGUGCCAAACGCUGGCUGUUGGCUGCAGUGUGCCUCCGCUCAAGGUCACAGGAGACGCUGUGGGUUUGCGGGGACAGGAGAGGGUCCCUGCUUUUGUUUCAGGAAGGAGGAAAACUCAUGCAAAGGAAGGGAGAUAAUGCACAGGUGGAUGAAGGUUUGCAUACAGGCACUGAACAAAGUGAAGAUGAGAAAAAUAGAAGUGAUGGAGAUGGAAAAAGCAGUAUCACGGAGCAGAGAGAGAAUAAAGAAAUGCAUGACCUAAAGCUGCAGCCACUGAGCUGCCUGUUCGGGGUGCAUGGAAAACAAGGUGUAACUUCAGUAUAUGAAUACCAAGGACUCCUCUACAGCACUGGCAGGGAUGGCUGUGUUCGAGUUUUUAGAGUGCAGCCAACACCACCAGAGAAACUUGAAGAAAACCGAAAAAAUAGUACUGGAAAGCCUGUAGAGAACAAAGAAAGACUUCAGCUGGAGGUUCUGCGAGUCCAGCGGGCCUGCAAGGGUAUGGAGUGGCUUGAGAGAGUUUUGAUUCUUGAACCUGAAAUUCCCGAGGAAGAGGAGGUCAGGGAGGAAUGUCAGAACCCCUCUAAGACAAAGCAGAGCUUCAGAGGAGAAGAGGUAAAGGCAGAUAACAAGGCAAGAGAAGUCAGGUUUGUCAUUGCUGGCUUCCACGCUGUCCACUUUGUGGUUUGGGACCCAGUGAGGCAGGAGAGGUUGUUAGUGGUACCCUGUGGUGGGGGGCAUCGCUCUUGGACUCUCUGGCCACCCCACAAAGGGGUUUGGCCUGGAUUUGGAGCCCUGGUCUUCAUCAAGAACGGGGCUGUCCUGGCUUCGCAACCCCCUGGAGAGGAACCAAGCUGGGCUGGGAGGGCAGGAAGGACUGGAGGAUGGGGCCUGAGAGAGGGCAUCCAUGGGAGGGGGAUUGGGUGUGUAUGCAGGCUGGGGAGGAUAGAGGGAACCGGGAAAGACAUUCAGGCAACUGGAAAUAUGACUGAAACUGAGAGAAGGGAGGUGGAGAGAGAGGGAGGGCAUUGGGAGGUAGUGGUGACAGGAGGCGAGGACACCAGCUUAACUGUCCUGGCAGUACAUCCCAGCUCUGGCAACAUGAAAGUUCUCUCAGUUAUUACUGACCACAUCUCCAGCGUGCGGACGGUGACGGCGGUAACGCGUCCAGAGGGAGAGAGCGCUAAGCAAUCACAGUCUCUCUCUGCCUUUCUCGUGUCAGCCGGCGGCCGGGCUCAAAUGCAGUGUUACCGGCUGUUGAUCGGCUGGGACAGUGAGAGACUGGCGCCCUCCUGCCAGGUGAUCCAGGUGGCCGGUCACCGAUUGGACGAACAGUGGGAGAGGAGGCGGAACCGACACAAGACGGUGAAAAUGGACCCAGAAACAAGGUACAUGUCCGUAGUGGUGGUGGAUGAGAGGACUGACUGUGUUCUUCUGGCUCUGGCCUGCAGCGACGGAGCUGUCAGAUUGUUCUCGGUGAGUGAAGUUAAACGUCAGGUUGAUUCGUUGUGGGAGACGUUUUACCACCAGCGCUGUGUGCUCAGUGUCGCCACCUGCAGCCUAGAGGAUGGAAAAGGCAAAAGGUACAAGCUGCUUUUCAGUGCUGCAACAGAUGGGAAAGUUGCAGUGUGGGAUUUGACUGAAGCUUCUUCCUCAACCGAUAAUUCAAGCAGUGCUCCCACUCUACCAAUCCCCUGCCUCGACUUUCCCGCCCACCAGAGUGGCAUUAACUCAUUGGCUGUUUGGGCAGAGAAACUGGGACAGCAAGAGGACGGUUGCCUGGUAACUGUUGCUAGCGGAGGGGAUGAUGGGCAGCUGACGGUGUCCACCAUUAGGGUGCAUUACCCAGAAGAUGGGAAGACUGGUGGUAGCAGAGGUGGUGAUUCUCAGAUUUCUGAGAUGCUAAUUUCAUCACAAACCCAGUUCCAACCCCCAAACCAGCUUCGGCUCCAUCUGCACGCCCACUUCCACAUCCCACUGGCCCACGCAGCCCCUUUGACAGCCCUGAAGCUCCUGACCCCAGGCCUCCUGGUCUCCACAUCCUCAGAUCAGAGGGUUUGCCUGUGGAGGCUCUGCAGUACCAGUAUCAGCCACAGAAGGACGCUGUGCUCCCACAUUGCAGAUGCUGCAGGACUUGCAGUGUGGGAGGGGCACAUAAUAGAGGGCAAGGAAGGAAAUGAAAAGGGGAGCCCGAGAUUUGAGUCUGAGCAGGAGAUUGCAAUUGUGAGAAGAAAAGGGAGUCAGGCAGGAUUAGAAACAGAAGAUAAGACCAGAGAGGGUAAGAUAGGAGGGAGGUUCUAUAAGGAAACAGAUGAUGAGGCCAAGGUUGGAGAACCUGUCAAAGCAGUAAGCGAGACAGGCGACCCAGUUUGUAAGACCAGUGAUGAGAACGAAGGUGGAUCAAGAUAUCAAACAGAGACCGACAGCGUGGGUAAGACAGAGAGUGAGGUGAACACUGACACAGGUUUGAAAGAUUGUUGUGAGAUCAGGGGAAAGAGAGAGAAGACGGGAUGGGUGUUGGUCUGUGGCCAGGGUCUCCAGCUACUCCGAGUCAAAAAUACAGAGAUGGAUGCAGAGAUGUGGAAAGAGGAAAGAAUAAAAAGAGAGAGGGGAAAGGUGAAUCACAGCGUUAAAGUGACUUUACAAGAAAAGGCCACAUAAGUUGAAUCAGAAAACAGUGGUGGUCCAACCUGUAACUUCCUGAAUGUACUCUUUUUUUGGUCAUUAUUCAUGAAUUACCUGUAAAAAUUACUUUUAAUGUACAUUUUAAUUAAAGGGUAUUUAUUUUUAGAGCUUUCUUGUUAAGAACUUGGUAAUUCUACAUCCAAAAGAGAGACAGAGAGAUGGCUACAGACGGGAACAUUAUCAAACCUUUAUGAAGAGAUAUUAAACUGUUUAAAUUUCCUUCAUGGAGUUUUAGAUUAGUUAAAGUUUUUCUUGACCUCUCUGAAGCGCCUGCGUGUCAUGAAUUUCUGCCAGCCUGAAAAAAUCCAAACAAAAACAUCGAAGAUGUGGCCAGCAAUUCUGUCUGGAAUCACGCUACAUUUCUGCAGGUAAUAACACAAUAACAAAAAGUGUUUGGUGCUCAUCGAGGAAAAAUCAAAUUCCAUGGCUAUUUCAAGAGAACAGUAAAACUAUCUGAUGCGUUUGGGCCAUCUGUGGCCUCCUUCAGGGAAUAGCACCACACUGCACAAAGAUGGCUGAAAUGACUGGAGUUAUUUUUAAUGCAGUAUGUUGCAUCUCAGCCAGCCAGAAAAUAAAGCCCUUUUACUUGAAGAGAGCCAUGGGACUCAAUUUUCAGUGAGAACAAGGCCAAACCAAAGACUGCCUUUACCAAAUGUCUCCCUGAACCAAAAUCCACAAAGAAUUGGGGAGAUUUGAGGUUUAAAUCUAGUAUAUAGUUAAAACACCACUAUUCCCGAUUUGCCCUUGAGCAAGGCACUUGAUCCAGAUUGUUUUAGUGAAGAGCGGCUCUCCCCCCAGUCACCCGUGCCCACAAAUGGCAUCAUCCUGGCAUCAUGUUAGACUGAAAACUAGCAGACGACAUGUGAUGGUGUACGGUACAUAAGAAAAUGCAACAUAUACAAAUCAUAACAAGAGCUCCCUGAGUAGACCUGACCGGUCCUAUAGAGCAGAGGUUCCAAACCUAGGAGACAGAAACACCACAAGUGGUUGGAGAUAGGAAAUAAAAAGCACAUUUCUGCUACACAAAAUUAUGAUUUAGGGAGUUUUUUUUGUCUGAUUUUUUUGUUUGUUUUGUUUAUGAGAUGCUGGACAGCUUUUUGUCUUCAUACCGCUGAAAUUAUUCAAAUAAACCAAUCAGCUUGGCUUAUGACCCGAGGAAAAAUUUACAAGCAGUCAUAAGCCAGAAAGAGAACUGACAAAACCAUGUGUGUUUGGUCUUCUUCUUCUUUUUUUUUUUCCCCUUCAAGACAAAUUUUAAAUGUUGUCCUCUUUUUUUUUUUAAAGGGUUUGGUAUUGGUUAUGAUUAGGUUUAGAUUGAGGUUAGGCUAAGGGUUGGGGUUGACAUUGGUGGCAAGGAAAUACAUCAGUGAGGGUCCUCACACAUGUAGAAGUACCAAAGUGUCAGUGUAUUUAUUUCUACUGCAGCAAGUAUUUGCUUUUCCAGUCACCCUUUGCAUUAAUGGUAUUACUCACUGAAAAAAACAACAACAAAAAACAUGUUUGUGUGAUUGUGCAUACACAGUUUUGUUUACAGUUGCAGGGUUAUGAAAUAGUAUUUCUUUUGGGAUUAUUAAGGACUUAUUAAAGAGUGUGAACAUGGAGUGUGUUUGCUUGGUUGAAGGUGAGGGUUUGUACAAUUGUGCCCACUCGUACUGUGAUUAUAUUGUGUGCACGUGCUCUGAGAGGCUAAUUUAGCAAUGUAGAAGCAGAAUGUGAUGUGAUAUGAAAGGCUAAUCCUGCCCAAGUGGCAGGUUGAUAUGGGACCGUCUGGACAAUUAUCUGUAUAUUUUUUGUGUGUCUGCCUGCUAUGCAAAUGUAGCUGUGUCAGAUGAAAUGUGAGAGUGCUGGCAGAAUGUUCACCUGUGCCACAUUAAAUGUCAUA